GUUUUUCAAAGGGCAAACGAGGCUCCAGGGGAUGGCUCCAUGAGGUUAGGAGGAGCGCAGCACAGCGCAGGGAGGCUGAACUUGAGCAAAGGAGUGGCCUGUCCUGUUCACAAUGAAGCCUGCCCCGCUGUUCCCUGACUAUCUGUGAGGUUCCCCAAUAAGGCUGCGGGGCCAAUGGCCCCGUAGUGAAAAACAGAGACGUUUCUAGACAUCUGUUGAGAAGAGGCUCCGGAGACAGCAGUGGUGACAGGCAAAACAACUUGAAUCUGAAGAGAUGAAAUCGCCAAGGACAGCCGCGUUCUGCUUCGUGCUUAUUGUGAUCUGUUCUGAAACGACGUUGAGCAUGACUACACAGCCCAUUGUUCAUCCUUCGAUUCUCCAUGACCAUGGCCUGGCAGAGGAAGAGCCUUUGAGGCAGAAACGAGCAGUUGUGGAGGGUGGCCCUGUGGAGGAAGAAUACACUGUGGAUAUUGAGAUCAGUCUUGAAAACAUCUCCUUCCUGGAGUCUAUCAAAGCUCACUUGAACAGCCUCAGUCUUCCAAUUCAAGGAAACGGCACUGACCCAGCCACUGACAUCGUGAGCAUGGCUGUGACAACAGUCUGCACACCUGCUGGAAAUGACCUCUUGUGCUCCUGUGAGAAAGGCUAUGUGUGGCCUCGGGAAAGGUGUCUCCGCAGUCUCACUUGUCAAGAGCAUGACAGUGCCCUGUCAGGCCGCUACUGCAAUUGUCUGAAAGGACUUCCUCCCCAGGGACCUUUCUGCCAGCUCCCAGAAGCAUAUAUUACCUUAAAAAUCAGAGUCAGACUGAACAUAGGAUUUCAAGAAGACCUGAAGAACACAUCUUCUGCCCUCUAUAGGUCCUACAAGACUGACUUGGAAAGAGCGUUCCGAGAGGGUUACAAAACUUUGCCAGGAUUCAGGUCGGCGACUGUGACCCACUUCACCAAGGGCAGCGUGGUUGUGAACUAUGAGCUCCAGCUGUCAUCGGCACCACAGCCUGGAUCAUUGCACAGAGCCAACGAGCAAGUCACACAGAGCCUUAACCAGACUUACAGAAUGGACGACAGCUCCUUCCAAGGAACGCCAAGCAAUGAAACAAAGUUCACCGUUACACCGGAAGUCAUCUUUGAAGGAGACAACGUCACUUUGGAGUGUGAAAGUGAAAUCGUGUCCUCCAACACAUCUUGGUAUUAUGAAGGAAAACGCUUGGACAUGAAGGAUGGCAGCAGAUUCUCCGUUCAUACCUCAGUCCUCAACAACAUGAGCUUGGUCUCCCGCCUCAUCAUUUAUAACUUCACAAAGCAUGAUGCAGGUGAUUAUCGUUGCAAGCUGACCUUGGAUAUUUUUGAAUUUGGGGACUCCAGGAAACUAGAUGUCACCCCCAUUCGGAUUUUGGCUAAGGAAGAGAGGAAGGUGGUGUGUGAUAGCAACCCUAUAUCAUUGAAUUGCUGCAGCGAGAACAUUGCAAACUGGAGUAAAAUCGAAUGGAAGCAGGAAGGGGAAAUAAGAAUUCUAGGGAACCCAGAAACAGACCUGGAAUCUAGCUGCAGCACUUACACCCUCAAGGCAGAUGGAACCCAGUGUCCCAGUGGGUCUUCUGGAACAACAGUCACCUACACAUGUGAGUUCGUCAGUCCCUACGGAGCCACAGGCAGUAAGAACAUAGCUGUGACAUUCAUCUCUGUAGGAGAUAAUUCCAGCUCCAAAGGGGAAGUGCCCGAGGUCCUAAGGCAUGUGAUGGAAGUGAGUACAGUUCAGAGCACCACCGGGAACAGCCUAGAAACAAGUAAAGCCCAGGAGCAGCAAGCCAACCUAACAAUAACCUCGGACCCAAUUUCUGUUUCUGAGGGACAAAACUUUUCUAUAACAUGCACCAGCGAUGUGAUUAACUAUGAUGAGGUGUACUGGAACACUUCAGCUGGUAUUAAAAUCCAUCCGAGGUUUUAUACCAUGGAGAGGUGUCAGGAUAGAGUGAAGUCCGUGCUGACAGUGCAGACCUCCACCAGGGAGUGGAAUGGAACCUACCACUGCGUAUUUAGAUACAAGAAUUCAUACAGUGUUGCCACCAAAGAUGUCACUGUCCACCCACUGCCUCUGGAGUCAGAUAUCAUGAUGGAUCCUUUGGAAGCCAGUGGUCUGUGCACCAGUUCCCAUCAAUUCAAGUGCUGUGUGGAAGAGGAGGGAGGGGAAGAUUACUUCGUGACUUUCCACGUCGAUUCCUUAUCCUUUCCUGCUGAGAAAGAAGUCAAUGGCAAGCAAGCAUGCUACAAAUACAGUCUCCCAGCAAACGCACCUCGCUGGUGUCCCCAACACAUCAAUGCAUUUUGUCACUUUACCAAUGCAGCCAACAACUCAGUCCGGAGCCCAUCGAUGAAGCUUACCCUUCUUCCGGGGGAGAACAUCACAUGCCGGGAUCCUGUGAUAGGGAUCGGGGAGCCUGGGAAAAUCAUUCAGAAGCUGUGCCAGUUCUCCAGUGUUUCCAGAAGCCCUGGCCAGAUCCUCGGCGGGACCAUCACUUAUAGAUGUGUGGGCUCCCAGUGGAAGGAGGAGAAAAGAAGCUGUAUCUCAGCCCCCAUCAACGGUUUGCUCCGGCUGGCCAAGGCAUUAAUCAAGAGCCCCUUACAGGACCAGAAGCUCCCUACAUACCUGAGGGACCUUUCUGUUAGUUCUUCGAAGGAAGAACAGGAUAUCCGCUCAUCUCCAGGGAACCUGGGAGCCAUCAUUAGCAUCCUUGAUUUGCUCUCAACAGUUCCAACCCAAGUGAACUCAGAAAUGAUGAGGGAUGUGCUUGCUACCAUUAAUGUCAUCUUAGACAAGUCCACCUUGAACUCCUGGGAGAAGUUACUACAGCAACAGAACAACCAGAGCUCUCAGUUCCUGCAUUCCGUGGAGAGGUUUACCAAAGCAUUGCAGCUGGGGGGCCACACCCCUCCAUUCCUCCUCCACCCUAAUGUUCAGAUGAAGAGCAUGGUAAUAACACAUGGGCGCCCCCAAGUCUACCAACAGAAGUUUGUCUUCACAGACUCUGACCUGUGGGGUGAUGUUGCCAUUGAUGAGUGUCAGCUGGAAAACCUGCAGCCCGAGUCAUCGAUUGUCACUGUGGCUUUCCCGACUCUCAAAGCCAUCCUUGCCAAGGAUGUACAGAAAAAGACAUCUUCGAACAGCUUAGUGAUGACAACCACCGUCAGCCACAGCAUCAGCAAGCCAUUUAGGAUUUCCAUGACUUUUAAGAACAACCAUCGUGCAGGUGGCAAGCCACAGUGUGUCUUCUGGAACUUCAGCCUUGACAACUAUACAGGGGGCUGGGAUAGUAGUGGAUGUUCUAUGGAGGAUGAUGGUCGGGACAACAGGGACAGGGUCUUCUGCAAGUGUAACCACCUGACAUCAUUCUCCAUCCUCAUGUCCCCAGACUCCCCAGAUCCAGGAUCUCUCCUAAAAGUACUUCUGGAUAUCAUUUCUUACAUUGGGUUGGGCUUUUCCAUCUUCAGCUUAGCAGCCUGUCUAGUUGUGGAAGCCAUGGUGUGGAAAUCCGUGACCAAGAAUCGGACUUCCUAUAUGCGCCACAUCUGCAUAGUCAACAUUGCUUUUUGCCUUCUGAUUGCUGACAUCUGGUUCAUUGUGGCCGGUGCUAUCCACGAUGGUUACUACCCACUCAACGAAACAGCCUGCGUGGCCGCCACCUUCUUCAUUCACUUCUUCUACCUCAGCGUCUUCUUCUGGAUGCUUACCCUGGGCCUCAUGCUCUUUUACCGCCUCAUUUUCAUUCUCCAUGAUGCAAGCAAGUCCACCCAGAAAGCCUUGGCCUUUUCCCUAGGCUACGGCUGUCCACUCAUUAUCUCCUCCAUCACAGUGGGGGUUACCCAGCCGCAGGAAGUCUACAUGAGGAAGAACGCGUGUUGGCUCAACUGGGAGGACACCAGAGCACUGCUGGCUUUUGCCAUCCCAGCAUUGAUGAUUGUGGUGGUGAACGUGAGCAUCACAGUUGUGGUCAUCACCAAGAUCCUGAGGCCUUCCAUCGGAGACAAGCCAGGCAAGCAGGAGAAGAGCAGCCUGUUCCAGAUCAGCAAGAGCAUCGGGGUCCUCACGCCCCUCUUGGGGCUCACUUGGGGUUUCGGUCUUGCCACAGUGAUCCAGGGGAGUAAUGCUGUGUUCCACAUCAUAUUUACCCUCCUCAACGCCUUCCAGGGUCUCUUCAUUCUUCUCUUCGGCUGCCUCUGGGAUCAGAAGGUGCAGGAAGCUUUGCUGAAUAAGUUUUCAUUGUCAAGGUGGUCUUCUCAGCACUCAAAGUCAACCUCCCUAGGUUCGUCAACACCUGUGUUUUCUAUGAGUUCUCCAAUAUCCAGAAGAUUUAAUAAUCUUUUUGGUAAAACAGGAACAUAUAAUGUUUCCACCCCAGAAACAACCAGUUCAUCUGUGGAAAAUUCAUCUAGUGCUUAUUCACUGCUCAACUAGGACCAGACAAAAGCAAAUCCACAGAACGUCUCAGAAACAGGGCAUGUGCUGAGAAAAGGGACCCGUCCAAAACUCUGGGUAAAGUGUUCUCUCCUCGGACUUCUGGGAGCAGAUGGUGAAGAGACUCUUUCAGCAGAGAAGACGCUUUGUUUUGUAAAGACAGACUAAAAGCAAUUGCCAUGUUUAUUUUUUAUCCCUUAUACAAUGCCAAAUAUGUAUAGUAUUUAAAAGAAACCCCCCAAGGCCCAACUUUUCUAUAUGUAUUGUAAAAUAGAAUUUUGAAGAGAGUUUUCGCCCCACCCCACCCCUCAUUGGCUACAAAUGUAAGUGUUGACUGGAGCUGUAAGUAAAAGGCUAGUACUCUGGA